GAAAUAUCUUUUCUCUGAAGUCGACUGUUUCUCCCUCCCUCCGUCCCUCUUCACCACAAUUCUCGACGUCUUUGACCGUCUUUCUCCCAAAAUUAAGCCUCGAGGUUAAAUAAAUUUCUCCCAAAAAACUCCAAAAAAACUUAGCUUUCCCGGCGUCCUAAUUCUCAACCCAUAUAGCUUGUACAUACUGUAUACGAUUCUUCUCAAUCCCAAAUCCCAAAUUGCUUUUUGAUUCUUCUUCUUCAUUCCUUCCUUCCUUGAUUCUUUCAUGUCCUGAAUCUGGGUUUCCACUAAAAACCCAUUUGUUAUUUAAUUGAUAUCAGAUCACAUAGGUGAAUAAAGCUUGAAGAUUUUCUAUUUCAACCAUCAAUCAUCAUGGCCGUCCCGACGAUUGCUCUCUAUGCAACCCCACCGGGUACCGUCUGUUCCACUCCUUACCCAUCUUACGAUUUCGAUUUAACCGGCCGAUCGCCGUCUUCAACUUCCUGUCCUUCCUCAUCCUCUCAAAAACCCACAAUCGGCGGACUUUCUUGCUUGUUUUCAUCCCCACCAAUUAAGCAUGUAUGUUCGUCGACCUACUCGACUGGCGUUGAAGAUUUGGGUUCGAUACGUCACGAAAGAGGCGACGAGUUCUGUAGUUCGUCUAGCUAUUCGCCAUAUACGUCGUUAGGUUCGUGUCUGAAGAGAGAUCAGAGCCCGAUAUCGGUUUUCCAGAAUCCAUUUUCUUGUAACAGUAACAUAAUUGGGUCUUCGAGAAGCUCUCCGAUGAGAAUUGGGAGAGAAAGGUAUUCUGGGGAUUUGAAUUUGGGUGGAUCGAGUGGUGGGUUGAUGUUUAGGGGGUUUGUUAGGCAUGCAUUUGGGUCUAUUGUUGAUUAUGACUCUCCUGCUGCUCGAAUGAAUGGUGUAUCAUUGGAUUUGGAUGUUGUUGAACUUCCUUUUAAUAUGGAUGAUGCUAUUUUGGAAGGAAGUUCAAAUGAUUAUGCUAAGUGUCUUCUAUUCGAUGCACAGUCGAAGCACGAGAUUUUCUACGAGGAUUUGGUUGUUAAAGCUUUUUAUGAAGCCGAGAAAGCUCAUAGAGGACAGAUGCGAGCAAGUGGCGAUCCCUACUUAAAGCACUGCAUUGAAACAGCUAUUAUCCUUGCAAGUAUCGGUUCUAACUCCAUAGUGGUGGCUGCUGGCCUCUUACAUGACACUCUUGACGAUUCUCUUAUGACUUAUGACAACAUUCUUCGUAACUUUGGAGCUGAAAUAGCUGAUUUGGUUCAAGGGGUAUCGAAACUAAGUCAAUUGAGUAAGCUUGCACGUGAGAACAACACUGCUUAUAAAACUAUUGAGGCAGAUAGGCUACACACCAUGUUCCUUUCAAUGGAAGAUGCAAGGGCUGUCCUCGUUAAACUGGCUGAUCGGUUGCAUAAUAUGAAGACACUUCAAGCGCUGCCAUUGCUUAAACAACAAAGGAUUGCAAAGGAAACAUUGGAGAUAUUUACUCCCUUGGCUAAUCGGUUGGGGAUUUCUAGUUGGAAAGAGGAACUUGAAAAUCUUUGUUUUAAGUAUCUUUAUCCACAAGAACAAAGAGACCUGUCUUCCAAACUUUUGAAUUCGUUUGAUGAGGAAAAGAUUUCUUCAGCUAAAGAGAGAUUAGAAGGGGCUUUAAAAGAUGAAUGCAUUUCUUACCAUGUUAUUUUGGGAAGGCAUAAGAGCUUGUAUAGCAUUCACACCAAAAUGAUCAAAAAGAAGCUGAAGAUGGAUGAAAUUCAUGAUAUUCAUGGUUUACGGUUGAUAGUUGAAAAAGAAGAAGAUUGUUACAGCGCACUGAAGGUUGUUCAUCGGUUGUGGCCUGAGGUGUCCGGGAAAUAUAAGGACUAUAUAAAUCAUCCAAAAUUCAAUGGGUAUCAGUCGCUCCACACGGUUGUAAUGGGUGAAGGCAAUGUACCUCUUGAAGUUCAGAUUCGGACAAAAGAGAUGCAUUUGCAAGCCGAGAUAGGUUUUGCUGCUCAUUGGAGGUACAAGGAAGGAGACAACCAAUACUCGGCGUUUGUACUUCAAAUGGUUGAGUGGGCCCGAUGGGUCGUCUCCUGGAAGUGCCUGACAGCCGUCAAUAAUCAAGACGAUUCAAAGAAACCAUCUUGCAAAUUUCCUUCUCAUGCCAAAGAUUGCCCUCAUUCAUAUAUACCCAACUGUGGUAACAAUGGACCUGUUUUCGUGGUGAUGGUUGAAAAUGAAAAGAUGUCAGUGCAAGAACUAGCGGCAAAUUCAACCAUUCAAGAUCUUCUUGCAAGAGCUGGUAGGGGAAGCUUCGGGCGCUCUCCAUAUGGAUUUCCAGUUAAGGAAGAAUUACGCCCUAGGCUGAAUAGACAACAUAUAAACGAUCCAACCUAUAAGCUGAAAAUGGGAGACAUGGUGGAGUUGACCCCGGCUAUACCUGACAAGUCAUUGACGGAAUAUAGAGAAAAAAUUCAGCGAAUGUAUGAAAGACGUUUCUCUGCCUCAACCAGUUUGCUCUAAAACUUCCCCGAAAACAAAACAUGGUGGUGGGCAGAAAAGAAAAAAGAAGAAAAAAAAGGGGUCAUAAUCUACCAUAUUCUUCUUGUUGUUCUUCAUUCAUUAUUUAUAUUAAUGACAAAAUGCUCAUUAUAAAAAAAAAUUGUUUAUUUGGGGGGAGAUUUAGGGAAGGAAGGAAGGAUUGGAGGGAAGAAGCAUUAUUGUGAUUUGUUUGAUACUUGUUCAUAAAAAAAUGCAAAUUGAACUUGUGUUACAUGUACAUUGAAGUUGAUGUAUUGGAAUGAUAGAAGAAUAUAGCUUGACUUAAUCUAA